CACACUUUAGAUGCAUAGACCUCUCACUGUCGCCUAGUUAAUACGUCAUCACAAACCCGAAGAAAACAUGUCGGGCAUUGGAGCAUUCUUGAAAAUGGCAUGGAACAAGGAGCCUGUAAUCACAGCUUCCUGUGCCAUCGGAGUAUUAGCUAUUGUGUUUCCAUUCGUGAGCCCAUACACCAAGUACUCUGGCAUGAUCAACAGAGCAACGCCAUACACCUAUCCAGUACCAGUCCGAGAUGAUGGGAACAUGCCAGAUAUCCCCGGUCACCCGAGUGACCCACAGGGCCCAAGUCUGGAAUGGCUGAAGAACUUUUAAGGUUCCCGACACUGACUCUUGUAAAGACCUCCACAUGUCCCACCCUCCCGCUGUCUAAGUAGUACUAUUGACUGGAUGAUGCUGAAUAAAUGUCCUUUAUUAUCUAAACACA